AUGGACGAUGUUUGUUUCGGAGAAAACACUAUAGAAGCAGCUAAACACCGGAUUCUAAGAGUUUUCGCGAUGUUCGAAGAUGGACACAUGCCGCUAAAGAAAUGGUCCUCGAACUCACAGGAAAUCGGAGAUUUCAUUCGCGGACAGUCUCCGGUCCCAGACCCGAUCAUUACAACAAACCACGCUGAAGCGAAAUUCCUGGGAAUUCCAUGGAAUCAGGGCUCUGAUAGGCUCUCAGCCCCAGUCGACAAGGCAUGGGAAACACUAACCGCAGGCACUCCAUGCAAAAGGAGAUUACUCCGGAGCCUAGCAUCUAUUUUCGAUCCACUCGGAAUCGUAGCACCGUUGACAAUGAAUGCCAAAAUUCUCCUCCAAUCAACCUGGAAGACAAAGCUCGGCUGGGAUUCUACGCUUUCAGAGACGCAAACGACAGAAUUCAACGUGUUCGCCGAAACCUUGAAAGCAGCAAAGGACUUAUCCAUACCUAGACUCAUGCUAGGCUCGAACGAGGUUUCCCGGACGUUACAUAUCUUCUGCGAUGCCUCACUCAAGGCCUACGGAUGCGUUGCGUACCUCAGAGAAGAAUCGAACAACGACGAACCAUAUGUCUCCUUCGUCAUAGCGAAAGCUAGAGUGGCACCUAUAAAAGCGAUGACAAUACACCGGCUCGAACUCUUAGCAGCCUUAAUAGGCGCGAAGAUAAGCAAACUUAUAUCCUCAUGCCUCGACCACAAACUGAGUCGAACGCAAUUCUAUUCAGACAAUUCAAGCGUCGUCGGUUGGAUUCGAUCGAACCCGGAAAAGUUCAAGCCCUUUGUGGCAAAUAGAAUAAGGCGAAUCCAAACCCUG